CUGAAUACGCUUAUAAAUUGGGAUUAUAUCAUCGCCUUCUUCUCGUUCUAGUCUAGGGUUUUUCUUGUUCUCGCUCGGAGUUAAGCUUCGGCUUUUGGGCUUCAAUGGCGGGAAUUUCCGACGGUGGCGGACCGCUCUACGGCGGAGCUGUUCCCUUCCGAUCACACCAGGGGCUUAUGCCGAGAGUGGCGGCUCGCUCGGAUGAAUUCGUGUUGCAGAUCGAUCCGGUGGAUGGUGGAUUGGAUCAUGAGGUGGGCGGUCUCUGCAGGCAAGUCCACCAAUUAAGAAACGUAGCCCAGGAGAUAGACAGAGAGGCGAAGUUCCAGAAUGAUAUGCUCAAUCAGCUGCAAUUGACUCUGAUCAAAGCUCGGGCAGGGGUGAAGAACAAUGUCCGGAGACUAUACAAGAGCAUCGUCCAGGAUGGCUCAAACAAUGUCGCACCUGUCAUCGCAUUUGCAUUGAUUUGUUCCUUGUUGCUCUACCUUCGGUACAAGAUCUCCGGAUGAUGAGGAGUUGGCACUUUGCUUCAACACUUUGUUAGACGUAUUCCCUAGAUUCAGUAGAGACCACUCUAGAUGGAAUUGUACAGGCGUACACAGGACAUCCCUUUCUUCUUUUUCCUGUUGCAACCAUGAAAUUUCUGAUUGCUCGUAGUCUGCUGUACAGCCCAUAUUUCAUUUUUACAGCUAUGUUAGGUCGUGCCUCUUUUU